AUGGAUAUAAAGUCGAAUAUUGAGAAGACAAAACCGUUAGCUCCCGAUGUAGCGGUAAACGCAGUAUUAGUUCCAAGUCAAGAAUUGCCCGCAGAAACUCCAAUAGUCUCCGGUUUUGAUUGGGAAAAUGGAACCGAUUACAAUAAAAUACUCGAAAGCUAUCUUCAUUCGGGCUUCCAAGCGACGAAUUUCGGUAAAGCUGUUGAAGAAAUAAAUAAAAUGCUUAAAUGUCGAUCAACACCACUCACUGAAGAAACUUGUGAUCCAUAUGAAGAAGAUAUUUUCAUUAAAAAGAAAACCAAUUGCACUAUAUUUUUAGGCUACACGUCCAAUAUGAUUUCGUCAGGUUUAAGAGAUACAAUACGAUUUUUGGUUAAGAACAAACUUGUCGACUGCAUUGUAACCACAGCGGGCGGUGUUGAAGAGGACUUUAUAAAAUGCCUCGCACCAACAUACAUAGGAGAUUUCAAUUUAAGCGGAAAAAUAUUACGAACACGAGGCAUAAAUAGAAUCGGCAACUUACUCGUACCUAAUGAUAAUUAUUGUUUAUUCGAAGAAUGGGUGACACCUUUAUUAGAUGAAAUGUUGGAUGAACAGAUCAAACACGGAGUGGUGUGGUCACCAUCUAGAAUUAUUGCUAGAUUAGGUGAAAAAAUAGAUAAUGAAGACUCGGUUUGUUAUUGGGCAUGGAAAAACAAUAUACCUAUUUUCAGCCCCGCUUUGACCGAUGGAUCUUUAGGCGACAUGAUGUACUUCCACUCGUACAAGAAGCCUGGCUUGAUAAUAGACAUUCUAAGUGAUCUACGUCGAUUAAACACAAUGGCAGUUAAAGCUAAUAACACUGGUAUGGUAAUUUUGGGCGGUGGAGUUAUAAAACACCACAUUUGUAACGCAAAUCUCAUGAGGAACGGUGCUGAUUUUGCCGUUUAUAUCAACACAGCCAGUGAGUUUGACGGUAGUGAUGCCGGUGCGAGGCCCGAUGAAGCAGUUUCAUGGGGAAAAAUCAGGGUUAAUGCAACACCAGUUAAAUUAUAUGCCGAAGCCACACUUGUAUUCCCAUUGAUUGUAGCACAAUCGUUUGCUAAGCACCACUUUAAAAAUAAAAAAAAUGUUUAA